CAAAAAAGAGAGAGCUCUGUUGACUUACAGCGGUCUGCAACGGCAGCACUGUGAAUGUCAUCGGAACAGAAAGGGGAGAGAGUGAUAGAGCAAGAAAGGGAGAGGAAAGAAGAGUGAACAAGAAGUAGAGAACAGAUCCCAGUAAGUAAAGGUUCCCCACCAUAGAGGAAGCCAUGCUGGUUACUGCGGUCACUGCGUGGCUUUGCGUCGUCUCUCAUGCCAUCCCGCUACCCAAUGCCGCUGAUGUCUUCGGCAUUGACGCUCCUCAAGUCAGGGAUGAGGAGUUCCUGUCUCCCCAUUUCGCGCUUUCUAGAAGCAAGCCGACCACCCAACCCUUGCCGGAUGCUGCCGAGGUGACAUUGGCCGUGUGCGACAGCACGAGCGCUUGGGUGGCGGACAAACAAACAGCUGUGGACAUCCGUGGCAGGAACGUGACGGUGCUCUCUGAGCUGCAGACGCCUCACGGCCGGCUGAAGCAGUACUUCUUCGAGACCAAGUGCACACCCAGAAGGGGAACUGCGGGCCGUUGCCGCGGGGUGGAUCGAAACUACUGGAUCUCUGAGUGCCAGACGACCCAGACCUAUGUGAGGGCCUUCACUAUGGAUUCCAAGAAGGCUGUUGCCUGGCGCUUUGUCAGGAUAGACGCAGGGUGUGCCUGCAAAAUACGACCGCAGCAGCAAGACGCAGUGGAAUAUGGCGGGCAGGAGACAUCAUAACAGGCUUUGCUGGGGCAGCGGGCAACCCUAGGAGGCCUUAGCCGGCCCAUAGGUCUUUGUGGAUGGGGGCCCAUAUAGCCUUCCCCUUCCCCUUUUGAAACGAAUAAACAAAUGGGGCCACACACACACCCCCAUCUGUGCCAAGCGGUAGCCAGA